AAAGGUUGAGUAACAAAACACAAAUAAUACAAUUUGUUUAUAUACGUAACUAAAACCUGAUAAAAGUUCACAAAAGCAUAGCAUAUCUAGGUAUAAAUACACCCGAAACAGCAAGUAGAACUUAACAAAGUAUAAUCUAAUAAGAACUCCUAUUUACAAUGGAAAAAAACAUAAAUUCUUUACUUACUCGUUUAGUCUUUAUCGUUAUUUAUUGUUCACCUAUCGAUGGAACUGACCUCAAUAAUUUGGACAUUUAUGAAAAACAAAAGUUCAUAUUUCAACUAUUGGAAUAUGUCACUGAACCGGUUCAUUAUGAAAAUAUCAAAAACGUAUCAAUGUUUUUUGAUAUACAGAAACAAGUGGAUAAAUAUAAUAAAAUAGAAGACGUAAAAUGGUUCCUGAAAAUAAGACGCGAAAAAUCGCUAAGCCGAGGCGAAUUAUUCUGUAUAUUCAACAUAUAUCACGCACAAGAGGCUGUGGCUUCAUUCAAUGUUCUACACGGGGCCAAAGAUUUCUCAACCUUUCUAACAACAGCUUGCUGGAUGCGACGGAACAUUAAUGAGUUGGUCUUUGUGUACAGUUUUUCAUUAGCAGUCCGGCACAGGAAAGACUGCGUUGGCCUCGUUCUACCUCCGAUUUAUGAGAUUUAUCCAUUCACGUUCGUCGCAGCUGCAACUCAGGAAAGUAUUUCAAGAUAUUUCAUGACAUCUAACAACGCAGAGACAGUUGUAUUCAAAGCUACACUACCAGUCAAUGAUGGAUCCGAAAACGUAAAUCUAAAGUACUUUACCGAGGACAUUGGAUUAAAUACGUUUUAUUAUAAUUUUCAUUUGGAUUAUCCAUUUUGGAUGACCGAUGAAGUGUACGGUCUAAAUAUAGACAGAAGAGGAGAACUGUACAUUCAUUUACAUAGACAGUUGCUGGCUCGAUACAAUCUGGAACGACAAUCAAACCAACUUUGCUCAGUUCCUUCAUUCAAUCCGACGCAAGUUGUGGAAAGGGUUUUUGAUUCUCCGCUGAUGUUUCAUAACGGUUUCACGAUGCCAUCAAGAUUCAUGGAUUUAGAUAUGUUGAAAUAUAAAUAUGAACUUGUGAAAGACCUAGAGUUCUUGGAAUAUCAAAUCAGAGAAACUGUUUUCAGGGAACACUUUGUAAAUUGCGACGGAAAUAAAAUCGAUUUUCAACAGAAAGAGGCAAUAGAAGCUUUAGGCAGACGAAUUUAUGGAAAUUUGAGACAAUCUAAUGAUAAAUUGGAGCAUGAUUUAGAAUACACUACCCGAGCGUUGCUGAGUUUUUCAAUGAAAAUUUCACAAAGAUCAGAAAUCCCUACUGCAGGCAUACAAUAUUACGAGGCCACUUUACGAGAUCCUAUAUUCUGGGAAUUGCAAACAUACCUAAUGGUAUUACUGGAGAAAGUGAUUCAGAAAAAGCCAAUUUACCGACGAGAACAUCUGUACAAUUACGGAGUUGAUAUAACAAAUGUAUCUGUUACGCCGCUGCUGACUUAUUUUGAUGAGAAUGUAUUCGAUAUAUCUCAUAUUUACAAGGUACCGAAUCGACCCACUGGGACGGAAUCGGAAAAUGUUAACAUUUUCUACAAGAAGAAACAACUUAAUAGUGUCCCAUUCAAUAUCAGUAUCACCAUACAUUCUGCUAAAUCGGAACAGUCAGUUCUAAGAAUCUUUUUAGGUCCCUCAUCAGAUUGUGAAAGUAACAUGAUAGGCUUCGACGAAAACUUUCGAAACUAUAUUGAAAUAGAUUCAGUCAUGUUUAACCUUAAACCAGGAAAUAAUACGAUUGAAAGACAGUCUGAAAAUUUCAGCACGUUAUUUAGAUCACAAAAUAUUUCAAAACUAGGACUAAACGAAGCAAUAUCAUAUAAAUUCAAUGGCAAUCAAUAUCAAAACAGUUUUACAGGAUUUCCGGCUAAUUUAAUUCUACCGAAGGGUUUAAAAUUUGGCUUGCGACUUCAAUUGUUUGUCAUGGUGUCGCCUCUCUAUCAAAAGUUCACGGUAGAGAACAGUGUGGACCAGUUUAAGAGAAAACGCGUUUGUCGCUAUACCUUAUGUUUAGACGAUAGGUCCUUAGGGUUUCCCUUUGAUAGAUACUGGGACAAUGUCAGUGGAAAUCUGUAUCCGAAUAUGAAGUUAACUAAUGUAUUUGUAUUUCAUAAGAACAAUAUUUAAUAGAUGUUUUUAGGAUACCAUCGUAAGUAGAGUAGAUAGUUAGGUAUAAUUUUAUUUUAUUUUACGCGACAGUAAAUUAUUGGUAGGCAAGUUACAAUUUCAAGAGUAUUGUGUUCAAGUUAAAUAAAUAUUUGUUACAGACUU